AUGACUACUCACAACUACACCGCCGUCUGCACGAAGUCGUGGGCGUCCUUCAGGCCCGGCAGCGUUGCCGAUCGCGGGGGAUCGUUUACGGCCAUCGCGGACGCUAACGACGCGCUCGAGAAGAUGUACGACGAUCUAGUAGAAGAGGAGGUGGAGGAUGGCUGGACCUUUGGUGUACUGGAGGACGGCCGGCGCUGGUACAACUGCGACGAUUGGGGGCACGAGGAGAGCUACAAACUGAGAAUUGCGCGGGAACGGUUUCCGGAGCCUGGAUAUAAAGAUGGGCUGAUGCUGGACCUGUUUCAGGACGAGCAUGAUCGGGAAGAAGCUCGGGCGCGCUUCAUCGACGAUGGAAAUGAAUUCACGGGAAAGCUGAUGCAGGACCUGUUCAAGGACGAGCAGGUUCGGGAAGAAGCUCGGGAGCGCUUCAUCGACGAUGGAGACGAAUGGACCGAUAAGUUGCUGCAGGACCUGUUCAAGGACGAGCAUGAUCGGGCAGCAGCUCGGGAGCGCUUCAUCGAAGAUGGAGACGAAUGGACCGAUAAAUUGCUGCAUGACCUGUUCAAGGACAAGGAUGUCCAAGAAAGAAGCCGGCGGCAUUUCCUAGAAGCCGGAGACGAAAGGACGACCACAUUACAGAAGGAGCUGUUCCACGACGAGGACGACCGAGAAAGAUAUCGGAAAUACCUCCUCAAAGGUGAAUUGCGAGGAGAAUUGAUGGAUUUGCUGUUUGAUAACGAAAACAAGAAGGAAGAGUGCCGUGAACGAUUUCUCCAGACUAGAGAGUGUCGGGAAACAUUGCUACAAGAGCUACUCUGGACCCACAACUGGUUCGAGCGAACCACGCACCUUGUGCUAGGCCACGGUCCAUCAAGAGAGAAGCUGGUCGAAAUGCUCCUCAAAGAUGGCAGGUUGGAUCUGGCCGCCGAGGCCCGAGGCCACUCGGGCCACAGAGCAGACAUAGGGCAUAUCCGUGAGGAGGUCAAGCAAGGGCUCCUCGAGAAACAUCGCGACGAGCUGUUGGGUGAGGCCAGGGCUGAACUCAAAGAGACACUGAAGUCGGAGCACCUAGAAUUGCUACGACAGGAGGCCUUACAGGAAGCCAGGGCCGAGAUAGCGGCCGAGGUGCCACUCACCGGCGAGGAGCGUGAGAGUAUCCGGGCGGCCAUUUCCAAGCCGCGCGCUGGCAGUGCAAGACAGGCUCGGCCGGCAGGUGUGCAGAGGAGGUCUCUCCGCCUCCCGACGCGGGCUCGGGGCUGA